AUGCUGGGAUUAGAUGUGAGUGCCAAGUCCUGCAUGGGCUUCAAAGGACAGUGGGGCAUGGUGUCCAACCCUGUAGCAAAGCCAACAGAACUUGGGACUCUUAUGAGUUUGACAGUUGCUAUUUGUAAGAAUGCAGUGACCUAUGAUGAUGUGUGUGUGGACUUCACUCCAGAAGAAUGGACUUUACUAGAUCCUUCACAGAAGAGUCUCUACAGAGAUGUGAUGCUGGAGACCUACAGCAAUCUCACUGCUAUAGGCUACAGUUGGGAAGAUGACAAUAUCAAAGACUAUUUUCAAAGUUCUAGAAGACAUGGAAGGUAA